ACCGCAAACAGGCGAAAGAAGCACCAUCCUAGCGCAGGCACCAGGGAAAUUAUACCAUUGUCUAAAGAAUUCAGGCCGAAUCACAGUACUUCAAGCAGCCUCCGCUCGCUUGCAAGGAUGAAAACAGGCUUCGUUAUCUUACCAAUGGGAAUCAUCCUACUCGGCACAUCUUGGGUGACUAAAGGAGAUCUACCACUGAAAGCACCGUGCCGGCCUGGAUUUUCUCAAAGUUUUUAUACCCUGCUCGUUUCAAGGGAUGUACUGCAAGGCCAGAGCAUUCUCAAAGAUACCAUGGUGUCAUCAGGAGGAGUGAAGUUUGAAAGUUGCUUGCGGAAUGUGAGCGUGGGCUUCGAGAGCAGCGACCCCAGCUUCAGCGUGAGGGACGACGGCUCCAUCUACGCCCGGCGGGAGCUGAGCGGCCUGAGUGAGCCCAUCCAGUUCCUGGUGACAGCACGUGACGCUCCCAACGCGCAGGCCUGGGAGACCACCGUCAAGCUAGCCCUGGCAGGCCCGCCGUCAUCGCCCGCGCCUCCCCUCAGUCAGGCGCUGACGGAGAGGAGUGCAGACGGGAAGACCCAUGGGCCCCAACCUGUGCCUUUUGUCAUCAGGUUCCCCAGGAAACCGCGGUCCAAUGGGCUCCACCGCCGCAAGCGAGACUGGGUGAUCCCGCCGAUCAACGUGCCUGAGAACUCUCGCGGACCCUUCCCACAGAUCCUCGUCAGCAUUCGCUCGGACAAGGACAAGUCCAAUCAGAUUCGCUACAGCAUCACGGGGGCGGGAGCCGAUCAGCCGCCCAAUGAAGUGUUCCAGAUUCAGCCCGUGAACGGGAAGAUGUCAGUCACCAGGCCCUUGGACAGAGAGGAGCGCUCAUUCUACCAUCUGCGAGCGCAUGCAGUGGACAUGAAUGGCAUCCAGGUGGAGACGCCCAUCGACCUCUACAUCAACGUCAUCGACAUGAAUGACAACCGGCCCGAGUUCCAGAACCAGGUCUACAACGGCUCAGUACCAGAGAACGCCAGACCAGGCACGUAUGUGAUGACAGUGACAGCCGUCGAUGCGGAUGACAAUGCCACGUCCAAUGGCAUGGUGCAGUACCUUAUCAAGACGGAGCUGCCCCACAACCCCGUCUCACACCUCUUCACCAUCAACAGCGAGACCGGAGACAUCAUCACAGUGGCUGCAGGCCUGGACCGAGAGAAAGUGCCUCAGUACACACUCAUCGUCCAGGCAACAGACAUGGAGGGCGCCCAGAGUUACGGUCUGACCAACACGGCCACCGCUAUCAUCACCGUUAUUGAUAUCAACGACAACGCACCGGAGCUGACAGAUAGCACGUUCUCCGGAGAAGUGAAAGAAAACGCCACGGGCGUCAUAGUAACCAAUCUAACGGUGAUCGACCGUGACCAGCCCCACACGCCCAAUUGGAACGCUGUCUACAAGAUCCUGAGCGGAGACCCCCACAACCACUUCACCAUCAACACCAACGCGGAGAACAACGACGGCAUGGUCACCGUGGUCAAGCCGGUGGAUUACGAGCAGAACCGUGCCUUCAUGCUGAACGUGGGCGUCUACAACCAGGUGCCGCUGGCCAGCAACAUCCAAUCGUCGCAGCAGCACACCGCCGGCAUCACCAUCUCCGUGCAGGACGUCAACGAGCCGCCCACCUUCAUCACCAACCCCAAGUACAUCCGGCUGCAGGAGGGCGUGUCCGCCGGCCACUCCGUCUGCUCCUUCAUGGCCAAAGACCCCGACAUCUUCAUGCAGCAGUCCAUCAGGUAUGCUAAGCUGUCAGACCCUGCCAACUGGCUAGCCAUCAACUCCAGCAAUGGGCAGAUCUACACCACAGCAGUUCUGGACCGGGAGUCCAUCUACGUUAAGAACAACAUCUACGAGGCCACAUUCCUAGCAGCAGAUAAUGGAUACCCACCGCGGAGUGGCACUGGCACGCUGCAGAUCUACCUGACGGACGUGAACGACAACCCGCCAGCCGUGCUCCCCCGCGAGGCCCAGAUCUGCGAGCGUGGUCGCCACGGCAACUUCGUCAAUGUCACCGCCACCGACGCAGACGAGAUGCCCAACGGCGGGCCCUUCAGCUUCGACCUGCACCCCAGCGCCCAGCGCAACUGGACCAUCUCACGCCUCAAUGCUGAUCAUGCCCGGAUCAGUCUGAGAAUCCACUACCUGGAGUCGGGGGUGUACGAGGUGCCAGUCAUGGUGAUGGACUCGGGGAACCCCACCCUGACCAACCAGUCCAGCAUCAUGGUGAAGGUGUGUCCGUGUGAUGAGAAUGGAGACUGCACCACCAUCGGAGCCGUGGCGGCAGCAGGCCUGGGCACUGGAGCCAUCAUAGCCAUCCUCAUCUGUAUCAUCAUACUGCUCAGCAUGGUACUACUGUUUGUGGUGUGGAUGAAGAGGAGAGAAAAGGAGAGGCAGACCAAGCAGCUGCUCAUCGACCCAGAGGACGACGUCCGAGAUAACAUCCUCAAGUACGAUGAGGAAGGAGGAGGCGAGGAGGACCAGGACUAUGACCUGAGCCAGUUACAACAGCCGGAGUCUCUGGAGCACAUCAUGACCAAGCCGUCGGGGGUGCGGAGGGUGGACGAGAGGCCAGUGAUCCCCGAGUCGCAGUACCCCAUCCGCCCCGUGUUGCCCCACCCAGGGGACAUCGGAGACUUCAUCAACGAGGGCCUGAGGGCGGCAGAUAACGACCCCACGGCUCCGCCCUAUGACUCGCUGCUGGUGUUCGACUACGAGGGCAGUGGCUCCACCGCUGGCUCGGUCAGCUCGCUCAACUCCUCCAGCACCGGCGACCAGGACUACGACUACCUCAACGACUGGGGCCCGCGCUUCAAGAAGCUGGCCGACAUGUACGGCGGCGGGAACGACGACUAAAACGCCUCCACCCCACCCCACCCCCAAAAAUAUGGAGGUUCCCCCACCACCCCCCUGUGCCAACUGGCAGAGCUCUCCAAUCACAGAGCAGGACUCUCUUAAUAGCCACACCCACAGCCAACAAACCAACCAACCAAUUUACCAACAUUUACCAACACAUAAUGCAACAGAUGAGGACUUGACAGAGAGUCAGCGUUGUGUACCAUCUUCUGCUGACUGUCUUUAAAAACACAAGAAAAACAUUGUGUUGUGGUUCUUUUCUCCUUUGUUUUGUAGUCUGAGUUUGACUAUUUUUUUUCUUGGUUAUGGUAUGUGUGUAUGUGUAUUUUAGCCCUCCAUAAGUGCAAGCUUUUCAAAAUAUGACGGCGAUGCUAGUUGCUCAUUCGUCCCCGCCCAUAUUCCCUUAGCUGCCCCCCCCCAUCCCCCACCC